AUGACGACAAUUAAAGCUGAAACUCAAUUGCAAUCAAUUCCAAGUGAUGCUCCUGAGCACUGUCCUGGCCCUGAAAGUGAACAGGCAGGCAAAGUUGAUUCCUGUGCAGGCUGUCCUAACCAAUCCAUCUGUGCAACAGGCCAAAAAGCUGGUCCAGAUCCAGCAAUUGCAUUAAUCAAUGAACGGAUGGCCAAAGUAUCCAAACGGAUUUUGGUGUUGAGUGGCAAGGGCGGUGUCGGGAAAAGUACUGUCACAACCAACCUUGCCUUUGCAUUCUCAUUUGACGAAGAUGUUCAAGUGGGUGUUAUGGAUCUAGAUAUUUGUGGACCAUCAAUGCCAAAAAUGCUUGGCGUGGAAAAAGAACAAGUACAUCAAAGCAAUAUUGGAUGGUCGCCCGUAUAUGUCAGUGAUAAUCUUGCAGUAAUGUCAAUCGGAUUUAUGCUUCCAGAUCCAGAUGAAGCAGUAAUUUGGCGAGGUGCAAAGAAAAACGGACUCAUUAAACAAUUCCUCAAGGAUGUCAAUUGGGGGACUUUAGAUAUUAUGCUGGUAGAUACACCUCCAGGUACAUCAGAUGAGCAUCUCUCUGUAGUGCAAUAUCUCAAGGAAUGUGGCAUUGAUGGCGCUGUCAUUGUCACUACGCCUCAAGAAAUGUCACUCCAAGAUGUGCGCAAGGAAAUCAAUUUUUGUAAAAAAGUCGGUGUACCUAUUAUUGGCGUUGUUGAAAACAUGUCUGGCUUUGUGUGUCCCAAAUGUACAAAAACAUCCGCCAUUUUUUCUCCGUCAACUGGCGGUGCAGCUAAAAUGGCCAUGGAAAUGGAUAUACCGUUUUUGGGAUCUAUUCCCAUGGAUCCUCGGCUAGGUCUGUCUUCUGAUCAUGGUCGUAGUUUUCUUGACGACUUUGCUGAAUCGCCUGCAAGCAAAGCAUAUAUGAGCAUUGUGGAUAAAGUUCGAGCGUUUAUUGAUGAUGCUUCGAAUUUAAAUUCUAAGCUUGAUGUGCAAGCAAAACCUCAACCAACAGCAAAUCCAUAG